AUGGUGGCUGAUGUGUCGCUAUCAGACAGACAGCCUGACAAACAACCAUACGAACAGCCCGACAAACAGCCAGACAAACAGCCCGACAAACAGCUAGGCAAAGAAUUUGACAAACAGCAAGACAAACAGCCAGAUAAACAGCCAGAAAAACAACCAGACAAGCAGCCAUACACACUUAGGUAUAAACAACCAGACAAGCAGCCCGACAAGAAGCCAGACAAACAGUCAGACAAACAACCAUACAAACUGCUGGACAAACAGCCCGACAAACAGCCAGGCAAACAGAAUGACAAACAGCCAGACAAACAACCAGACAAGCAGCCAGACAAACAGUCUGACUCACAGCCAUAA